CUUGGGUGCCGGGUCUGGCCAGGAGAACCGCUCCUCCAUUCUACCUCAGUUUCCUUAGCAUGGCCAGGAAGGAUGGAAGAAGCCAGUGAGUCAGACAGCUUGAGUGUGGGUCUGGGACAGGUCAGCUCCCUUUGGGUGUGUUUCUUACCAAGAAGAGAUAGGGUGUGGGGACUUCCCCAUUUUCCAGAGAAGAAGGUUCAUCACCCAGGAUCAUGGAUGUCAGGAGGGGAACCCAGGCAGGACAAGCGGAGAGGGAUGCAAAUGCUGGAGGGGGUACUAUUCCUCCAGGUCCACUUUUAUCAGGAGUGGUCAAUUUGUGAGAGAGAGUGAACGUCCUGGACUAUUGUCUGGGUUAGGAAAUUGCAAUUGACCCGAGGGAAUCCCGUGGUUCCCGCGGUGGUUCCUGUCCUCUCUGGGACCUCCCAAAACAAAGUGUUAUGUUUUGGUAGGGCAACCUGAGAUUUGGACAUACUAGACUGGACGGAGACAUUCAGGGUAAAAGAAGGUGUCACAGACAGGCAGGGAUGGAGAGAGAGGCAGAGAAAACCCAGGUUGAUAAAAGACUAUCUUCCCCCCAGCAUGCACUGGAUCUGCUUUUAAGUGCCAUCCCUCCCCCUCCCCCGCCCCCGUAGUCCCAGUGCCCGGUUCCUAACCUUCCUGCUAGCCCUGUCCUCUAGCUUUGUACCUCGAGCAUCCUGAACAGCUUGUUAUCCUCGGGGACUUAACCCUCACCCAGCCAGACCUGGGCAGUCUAGCUUAGGGGAGGGAAGGACAGAGGACAGAGAUGCCCAAAUGCAGCAGCACUCACAGGGCUUCAAAAAUAACCCAGUAGGGCUGGGCCACCAUUCUGAGUCAUCCAUUGGGGACACAGCUCUGUCGGCACCUGCUGCUGUUUUCUCGGGAAAACUUAAGAAGCCAAAAAGGGGGAGAAGCACCAGCCGGCAGUAGCUCUAAAAAUAGGUUGUAUCUCAGGAUGUUCCCUAGGGAGAUGCUGAGCCUCCCCACUGCAGAUGGAGCCUCUGGGAGGCAGGUGGUGGGUGCCUGUGGGUGUGCAUGCAGGUGUGUGUGUGUGUAUUCUUGGGUGUAUGUGUGCAUGGGUAUGUGAUCCCUUCGUUGGGAUUCCAAUACGAGGUGUUUAUGUAUGGGGUGCAUAUGUGUGUGUGUCAGAUGUAAUCAGCAGGGCUGGUGGGCAGGGAGAGCUUGGAUCUUCUUGAGGUGAACUCAGGUCACUACAUAUUUCAUGCAUACAUGUAUGUACAUAGGAAGAUCUAUAUGAACCUGUCAGCACAUGUUUGGGGAAGACAGGAAGAGGCAGUCCAUACACACGCUACGUGUUUAUACCUGUGCAUGUGCACAUGUGUGAGCAUGCAUGACUGACCCUCAGUUUCUCAUCAUUGCAUGAGCAUCAUGCUGGUUUCUACCUCAUAAAGUUGUGCUUGCGAGGAGAAAAACAUGUCACCUACCAAAAGCCAGGGUGAUGUGAGUUUUUUUUCCCAAGUGCCAAGUUUGCAUUACAUUCCUCAGGGUACAGAAAGAGGCUAAACUCCUGCUAGGGCCUCCUUGAGUGUUUGCUGGGGGGUGGGUGGAUUUACUAUCUGGAACCACCUCUGAGCUGUGUUAUGUUCCCUUCCCUAUAGUGCUUCCCUGAGUUCCUAUCAGUGCCAGGGAAAGGAAUUGGAGGGGUUUGGAGACUGUCUCCCCGACAAGAUAACAGAAAGUGAAUGGAGAAGUGGGCAGAGGCCCUUCAAACUGGCACAAGCUGUAUCCCAUUGCCCAGGGAGACCGCCAGUCACCCAUCAAUAUCAUAUCCAGCCAGGCUGUAUAUUCGCCCAGCCUGCAGCCGUUGGAGCUUUUCUAUGAAGCCUGCAUGUCCCUCAGCAUCACCAACAAUGGCCACUCUGUCCAGGUGGACUUCAAUGACAGUGAUGACAGAACUGUGGUGGCUGGGGGCCCCCUGGAAGGGCCCUAUCGUCUCAAGCAGCUCCACUUCCACUGGGGCAAGAAACACGAUGUGGGCUCGGAGCACACGGUGGAUGGCAAGUCCUUCCCCAGCGAGCUACAUCUGGUUCACUGGAAUGCCAAGAAGUACAGCACUUUUGGGGAGGCGGCUGCAGCCCCUGAUGGUCUGGCUGUGGUUGGUGUCUUCCUGGAGACAGGAGAUGAGCACCCCAGCAUGAACCGCCUGACAGAUGCACUCUACAUGGUUCGGUUUAAGGAUACCAAGGCCCAGUUCAACUACUUCAACCCUAAGUGCCUCCUGCCCACCAGCCUGCACUACUGGACCUACCCAGGCUCCCUGACCACACCCCCGCUCAGCGAGAGUGUUACUUGGAUUGUGCUCCGGGAGCCCAUCAGAAUCUCUGAGAGGCAGAUGGAGAAGUUUCGGAGCUUGCUUUUCACCUCAGAGGAUGAUGAGAGGAUCCACAUGGUGAACAACUUCCGGCCACCACAGCCACUGAAGGGCCGGGUGGUCAAAGCAUCCUUCCAGGCCUGACCUUCCCACUGGGGCACCGUCUUCCCAAGGGCUUCCAUGUCAGCGGACACCAAACCAUCUGCGGCUCUCUCCCUGAGGGUGCUGUGGGCCCUCCUUCAGCUGGCUCGCCCCUUGGCUACAUUGGAGGGUUCUCAAUGGGACUCUUGAGUUGGGGGUACCUUUCUGCUGCCCUGGGGGGCUGGAAGAACAGGAACUGAGCAGGGUCCAAGCCUGGGCUGUCUCUGCUCCCCAAGACCCAAAGGCCCCUGGAAACUUCCUCUUGUCUUCCCUGCUGGCUGUGUCAGCAGCCCCAACUGGAGCUCACACUGUGAUGGCCAAGACACAGCUCCCUGGGGUAGGCAGCUGUCUCUGCCAUAAAGACUCAAGCAAUAAUUAGAGGCGGGCAGAGCUGCCCGCUCUGCAUUACCUCUUUUGCAGGCCUCUGCCAUACAUGCACCUCACUGCCAGGCCGUUAAGAUAGCACCCAGAUGCUGGAGGGGAUGUGGCCUCCUCCAGCCACCUGCUGCCACGGGCAGGCCCCGGCUAUAGCUUAUAUACUAUCUCCCUCUGUUCCUACCCAACCACCAAAGCCACCUACAUACCAAUCCAUUCAUAUACUAACGAAUAAAUUCAUUUACUCAUGGAACAGA